AUGUCUGCUGAGGACAUGAUCAAUGAUUCAGAUGAUGAUGAUUAUGUCCCAAGUGAUCAAUCAGAAGAUGAAGAAGAGUUUGAACAUGAUGAUGAAGGUGAUGACGUUGACAACAAGAAUAAGAAGAAGAGAAAGCAAAUAAGUAAAACAACGACAAAGAAGAAACAACAGUCAACAAAGAAGAAGAGCAAGAUAGACAAAGAUGAUGAUGAUGAUGAAGACGAUGCCAACAUGACAACAGAAAAGACAGCAGAUCAGUCUGAUGAAAAGAAAGAGACACUCCCUGUUGUCGAGAAGACUUUGGAAGAGAUGUUGAAUGACGCCGAACAGAAGUCCAAAGAACAAUCAAACGCCACACCAGUCAUUCAAACAACCGAGGAGAAGAAGAUUGAAGUCUUUGAGUUUGCUGGUGAGAGAAUAGAGAGGGAGGUCACUGUUAGGACACAAGUCGGACCAGGCGCACCAAAGCCUGCGCCUUCGAAAGCUGGUGCCAAGAAUAUGGGAGGACUACUAUCAAAGUUGGGAGCAAAGCCAAAGGCAUUGUCAACAUUACAAAAGUCACAAAUGGAUUGGGAUAAAUUCAAGGAUGGCAAUAUGAUGGAGAAGAACGACAUUGAGAACAAGGCAAAGAAUGGAUAUCUGGAGAAACAAGCAUUCCUACAACGAACAGAUCAGAACUUAAUGAGUACAAUUAAGAGUCUAACAAAGAAACUUUAA